AUGGACUUACCAGAUGACAGCCAGUGGGACGAAACCACCUGUAACUUGGCUAUUUGCCAGCAUCCACAAUGCUGGGCAACUAUCCGCCGGAUUGAGAGGGGCCAUCCUCGAAUCCUGGGCUCACCCUGCAAAAUUCCCCUGGAUGAUGAAGAUAAACUCCCAGAGCUCACCGUUGUAAACAUGUCAGAUUCCUGCUCCUUUCCUCGUCAUUUAUCAGAAUUUACUUUCACUAAAGCUCAUUCUUUAUUGUCUCGUGGUUCAAAGUUUAACUCCAAAUUUCAAGGCAGGCCUCAGAAAGGUUUACCUGACAGAAGUUUGAUCAACAGUACUAAUAGAUCUCCCAAACUUUCAGUGUUGAAUUUGAAUGAGACACAGCUUCCCUGCUCUAAAGAUGUUAGAAAUAUGGUUGUCAUCUGGAUCCCAGAAGAAUCAGAGAAGUAUGUGAGCCAGCACGGGAAGAAGAAAAUAAAGAAAUUGGCAACGAAAAACAGUUCAUCUCUGAGUCUCUCUGGAAAGCAAUACCCAGAAACACAGUCGAGAAUUCCUGUGCCUCCCCCGACACCAGUACCAUUGUCUGAGCAAUUAAGUCCAGACUUCAUACCUUUCUGGUCCCCACCGGACACGUUACCUCAGGACCUACUGGUGGAACUUCUGUCAGAUGGAGAGAAAACCAUGCCCUGUCCAGAGAUGAAGAUACAGUUGACUAUGAUGAAAAAGAAUCUUCCCCUGGAAAAAAAACAGCCUAACAGUGCAAUUUCUUCUAAGAUGUUUCUAUCUAUACACCGCCUCACUCUGGAGGAACCAGCAUUGCGAUAUCCUGAACAUUUGAAGAAAUUGCAUUAUAACUUGAAGACAGAAGGUCACAGUAAGCAGCAGCAGCGGCAGCAGCGACAGCAACAGAGGAAGGUGAAAACACCUACUAAGAAACAGGAGGCUAAAAAGAAAGCCAAAAGUGGUCCAGGGAGACAGAGAACUUCCCAUAAACAGUCAGUUGCCAUCGCUUGUGACCCUCUCUCUGGUCACAGAACUCUGCCAGGUCAGAAAAGUGACAUGAAGCAGGAGCAGCAGAUGGAGCUAGAAGGCGCCACCUUGAAACAGGAUUCCACAGAGACACCAAAGAUGGACUACUCUGAGAAGUACAUGAAUUUCCGCCUCAGUAUGGAAAGUCCUGGAUUGUCUGAAACAGAACCCACUAAAAAGGACAUUAGUGCUCCAGAGGAGCCUGUGCAGGAAGCCCAGGCUUCCAUGUCUGGAGAAAGCUGGAACCCUGAGCUCAAACUCCUGAGGAUUCUUCAGGCCUCUGACGAUGAAGAUGAGGAUGAGGACAAGGAUGAGGAUGAGGAGAACCAAUCCUUUGGAGCAGAGUGUGGAGUCUCUGGAGGCAUAGACUGA